GACUAUUGAAAAGGAUUCAAUAUGGAAUAGAAACAGUGCGAACCCAAGAUGUCACUGCAAAUUAUGAGGUUGAAAUGUUAGUAGGAAGAGAGAUGUUUACAGCAUCAGGACAUCAUUUUGAGUGCAAGUGGAAAAGGGGAAAGCAAGAAUUGUUUAUAGAAGCGAACAUGUCUAAAGUUUACUGUGAGAAAAUUGAAAAAUUAGAUAUAGAGAAUCUAGAAAUUAACUUUCCUGAAUUAUAUGAUAAUUUCAAUAUUAAUUUACCAGGUAUUGAAACAAAGCUUCAAUUUUUUAAAAGCUUUGCAAUAAAUUUUAGUAUACCAGGUAAAGCUGAUCAAUUAAAUAUAUUACAACAAGGUGCUACUGAUCUACAUAAAGAUAAUGUAGAUUGUAUGUAUGCAUUUUGUGUAAUAGUAGUUUUUGGAGAUUUUGAAGGAGAUUUGGUAUUAAGUGAAAUUGGAAUUACAAUCGAAAUUAAAG